CAAGCACCAUUCGUACAGUUGAGCGGCGGUCCCGAAAAGCCUUAUGAAGGUUUCUGCAUAGAUCUCAUUGAUAUGAUUGCGGAAAAGCUGAAUUUUACAUAUACCAUAUAUGAGGUGGAGGAUGGCUUGUUUGGUGGAGAACAAGAUGGUAAUUGGAAUGGCCUUAUUGGUGCCUUGGGUUAG